AUGCACGACUCGGCUCCUUCCACACCAUCCACCACCACCCAGACCACCUCGCACACACCCACAAUGUCCAAUACUUCAUCGCCCGCCAACAAUUUGGAGGAGCUCCCAUACUACUCCGAGAAGGUGGAUGAUGAGGAGAGCAAGAUCGGUCAUCCACACGCUCUCGCGGAGGAGUAUGGUGAUCUCCCUCCUAGGACACCUCUCGCCCCUCCACCCCGCAGCCGCAGGAUGAUCGCUUUACCCUCCCUUUCGAGCAUUAAGACACGCUGUACGAUCGCCCUACCACCGGACUUCUGGGACAAAUUCGCCAUGAUCUUCGGCUCCAUGCUCGGCGUUGGCAUUGUGGUCGGCCUCUGCGGCUUGUUCAUACACUCCGCCGAUCAGUCCAAGCUCGCGAGGGACGCAGAGGAAGCGGUACGAAAGGCGGCUACGGAGGCAGCGCAGGCGGCCAAGGACGCGGUGGAUCAGGCAGUCAUCAAUGCCUCGGUGAAGGGGCCCGAGGUGUUCUGGGAGAUUUUGAAGGAAUUCAAAGCGUUCAGGGAGACGAUGGUGGAAGAGCUGCAGGCGCUGAGGGCCGCGACGGUCGCUGUGACUGCUAGAGCCUGA